AGUCGGUCUAUCGUUGUUCCUGCGCUUAGUUCGUUCGAUUCUCAAAUAUCAAGUUUCUGGAAUACAUGGCUGACACUGCGUUCAAUUGGUCUCGUGAAGUAUGGCAGAAUACGUCAUACGAAGCUGAUGACGUAACCUAUGACGAAAGAGGGAUUAUUAUGAUGCCAGCUGCCAGUAUGGAAGUUACACUCUCCCAACAUACGUCAUCCCAACAUACGUCACCGCAACCAUCGCCCAAUUCUUCAUGGAUGGAAAAACAAGCUAGUGACGUCACAACACAAAACGCUGAUGACGUCAUUGAUCGAAGCGUCGCGUCAAGUACGUCAUCACCCUCGCGUCCAGAUUCGGGAAUGGCGAUUGUCCUCAGCGAGAAAGACGACAGUGUGACGUCACCAAGACAAAAUGCCGAAACUCCAGCAGUGUUGCCAGCAGCUUUUAAAUCAAGUAGCCCUUCACAGUCAUCUGCCGAUUCUGGUAUCGUGUCGUCAUCAGGACAAGACGAAAGCCCUACGUCAUCAUCGUCCUUAACGACGUCAUCAUCUCGAAAAGAUGCAUCGAACAACGACAGUAUCAACAAAGCUCAAGCACAAAGAAACUUGAACCUUAUAGCUUGUGAAGAAUGUGGUCUCAUAUGCGCUGGCCAAAGUCAUUACCAAGUUCACAUUAGAUCCCACACCGGAGAACGCCCAUUUAAAUGCACUGUAUGCGGAGUUGCGUUUACACAGAAGGGAAAUCUGAGGCGACAUUAUAAGAUCCACUCUGAAGAGAAGCCGUUUCAAUGCCCCGUGUGUUCGUACAGAUGCAGACGGCGAGAUGCAUUAAAUGGACAUAUGAGAAUACAUUCAGAUAUUCGACCGUAUAGAUGUGUUUACUGUGCACGUAGUUACAAAUCCAGGCAAUCUCUCAAGGAGCACGAAUAUCAAUGCGUUUACAAGAACGACCCUAUUGUACAAGCUCGACAGCUGACGUCAUCACCAGCAAAAGGAAGUUUCGGUGACAAGCGUUUGUCUCCACUUACUACGUCACAAACCUCAAGCUCCCCUAUAUCUAUGACGUCAUCAAACCUCCCCAUUAUGCAAUCACAAGUUUUGAACCCGCUCUUGACGUCAUCGAGUCCAAACUCCACUAGCAGCGGGAAACGGAAGGCGUCGAACCCGCAGAAGUUCACUCGACUCUCCGAUCACCAACAACAGGUUAUCCCUUCGUUGGCCAAUGCUUUGCAAUACAUGCCCACCUUGUUAACUACGAUGAUGCAGCAACACAUGAACGACACGGCAACUGCCGAGCAACAAAGACAACAAGACGAAGCGCUCGAUUUCUCUGCGAAGCGAAAAAGCGGUUUGCAGAAUACGAACGGAGCUUGCAUCGAUGACGUCAGCAGCAGUCCUCUCUCGCUCACCACCAAGCGACAGAAGUUUGACAGCGAGUUUGCAAUGACGUCAUCGUCUUUAUUAAACGGUGAUGACGUAAUCGGUGACGUAGCACAAGGAGAUAGGUUCACACCUAUUGAAGCUGCUCAAAAUACGGAUAGUUACCAGGACAACGUGUUACGUCAUCCCCGCGCUACAACAGAGAGGCUUUCGGGCAGCGCGAGAAGGAAACGACCAAAAUAUUUGAACGAGAAGAUUGAACAAAACAUGCAGGGACAUGAGUCUUCCUUUCCCUCGAAAUAUGACGUCAGUCCUACGAUGAACUCUCUUGACCUCUCCGGGCAAAGCAAAAACGACGAUAUGACGUCAUUCAAGAGUGACGUCAGAAGCACAUCACCGUUCGCGCACGUCAGAUCCGGUGACGCAUCACGCAGCGGACUCCGUGUCUUCUCUUCCUUAGGAGAUGAUAGCGAAAUUGAAGAAUUGAAGACUUACAUCUGCUCACAUUGUCGAUGCAUCUUCCUGGAUCACGUGAUGUUCGCCAUCCAUGUCGGUUGCCAUGGUUUCAGGGACCCACUCGAGUGUAACGUAUGUGGCCACCUAGCGGCCGACCGUUACCAGUUCCAGUCCCAUCUCGCAAGAGGAGAGCACAAUCUGGGUGGAAAGGUUAAUGACGUCACUGGAGAGAAAUCUGACUACGUCACUGAUGACAUCACAAACGAAACUUCUACUUAUCAACAAUCGAGCACUUACGUAACGAAGUCUGCCGCUUUUAGAUAAUUUCAAACAACUUUUAAGUUUAGGUAAUGACGUUACCCUAUGACGUCACUCAAUGACGCCACCCUAUGGCGUGACGUGACGUCACAAUAACCUUCGCACAUCAAAGACUCACAAUUUGUAACAUCGUAACCAGAGUCUCCACGACCUUGUGUUUAUUUUCACCUAUUAACCGCUAGCGCUUAUUUUAGUUUUGCACUAUAUGUACCUGGUACGUUAUCCGGCCAAAAGUUGCGAUUUUUGAGCGAUGUUAGUUUCUACCGUUUGCUCCUGACUUUGGUAUGCUCUUCGUCGCCCACGUGCGGAUCCUCUGCACUACCUCGGCCCUUUACCUCGUGACCCUUGUGUGACCUCUGCUGCCUUAAAUCUUUGUACAUUCCCACCAGUUUCAAAUAGUUUGAUGUACAGAUACAAUAGUACACGCGUGUUCGAUACACUUUUAUUUCUUUCACUUAAUUUAAUCUUCAUUUGGCCAUGUCGACGCUCAAUCUUUUCCAAACCUGCUAACUCAACUGCAGUUAUCAUUUAAAAUGUCGAGUAAGGUUAAUUAAUAUUCCUGAAGCUUAUAGGACCUCAAUCAUGCAGUUAAACUUCUAUAUAAAGCAUUCACUCAUUCUGUGCUUGUACAAUCCUUAUUAAUGUGCAAUCGCUUUAUUUUGUUGCAAUUUAUUGUCGCCUGUCCAUGGUACGCCAGGCCUAAUUCUUGCUAUACUCAAUUUAUUCGGUGUAUUACAUAUUACCUAAUAUUUAUUUCGCUUUGACAUACUUGCCUUACAAUUAACAAGACGAAAACUUAUAAUUG